CCAUUUCAUUCUCCCGGCCACCACUCGGAAAUGGCGGCGGUUGUUUAGUAACGGAGACGCCAGGAAGUAUCAAGAUGGCGAGAAAGGAGUGAAAAGUGGUCAAAUAGUCAUUUUUCCGAAAAUGUACGCGUAGUGUUCUCUGAUCGAAAGUGGAAUCUGUUUUUUCCCAUCUUUAAGGUAUUGGCGAAAAGGCUGCCAUGUCUGAAACAGAGGAUCAGGAGUCGAUGCUGGCUUUGAUCAGUUACUACUGCCAGAAGAAGUAUUUCAAUCAUGUCAUGAACACUGCCAGUGAGACGCAGAAGCAGUUCAGCAGUGAUCCCAUCUUCAGCUUCUUCCAUGCCUAUGGUGCUCUCAUGCAGGACAGAGUGCACGAGGCCAUCCAGGAGCUGGAGGCGAUAAGGGACAGGCGAGACGUGUCCUUGUGCACGCUGAUGGCCCUGGUCUACGCCCAGAAGAAAUUGCCGAGCCCAGACAGAGAGCUCAUUCAGGAGCUGGACGGCCGGGUGAAGGAGGACCGGAAGAGCGCGGGGCCCCGGGGCCUGUACUACGCCGGGCUCUUCCUCUGGCACCUGGGGCGCAAUGACAAAGCCAGGGAGUACAUCGAAAGGAUGAUCAAAAUCUCCAGCGGGGCCAGGGAGGGGAUAAUCCUAAAAGGAUGGAUAGACCUGACAUCCAAUAAGGACGCCUACGCCAAGAAGGCUGGGAAGUACUUCGACGAGGCCCUGAAGGAGAAGGCCGACAUCUUUGCCCUGAUGGGAAAGGCACAGUAUUACGAGUUUCGGCAGAACUACUCGGGGGCGCUGGAGACGGUGAACCAGGUGAUCGCCAGCUUCCCUGUCUUCGUCCCGGCGCUGGCGGAGAAGAUGAAGCUGCUGCUGACGCUGCAGGACUGGGAGCAGACGGUGGACGCAGCUCACAGGCUGCUGCAGAAGGAUAAGAACAAUCUGGAAGCUGUGAGGAUGCUGGCUCUGCACUCUCUGUGCAGGGAGGGGGACGUGGCCGAGUCUGCAAACCAGCUGUCCAAUCUCAUCAGUACCCUGGAGACGCAGGAACCCCACAAUCCCGAGCUCUUCUACCGCAUGUCCCUGGCCUUCACUCGGGCGUGUGGCAGGGCUGAGAAGAUCCUUGCUCUGACCCGCACGCUGGUGGACAGAGCCUUCUCCCUGGCCUCUGGGGACUCGGAGCUGGCCACCGAGCUGGGCUACCAGCUGGUCCUGCGAGGGCAAGUCAAAGAGGCCAUCAGGUGGUACAAGACGGCCAUGUCUCUGGACGAGACCAGCGUGUCGGCCCUGACAGGCAUCAUCAGGUGCCAGCUGAUGGAGGGCCUGGUGGAGGAUGCGGAGCAGCAGCUGGAGUUCCUCGCAGAGAUCCAGCAGUCCAUCGGAAAAUCAGGGGAGCUUCUGUAUCUGCGUGCGGUCCUGGCCAUGAAGAAGCGCAAACCUCAGGAGGAAGUGACCAACCUGCUGAACGACGCGGUGGACACACACUUCUCCGGCCUGCAGGGCCUGCCUCUCGGGGUGGAGUACUUUGAGAAGCUCAACCCCGACUUCCUGCUGGAGGUGGUCAAGGAGUACCUCGCCCUCUGCCCUGCCAAGCCCCCUCCCCAGGGCCAGCCCCCCUCUGCUCAGCUGCAGCACUGCGCCUCUGUGCUGGACACCGUGGUGAAGACGGUCCCGGGACUCCUGCAGGCCGUCUACAUGAUGGCCAGGGUCAAGUUCCUGUCCGGGGACAUCGAUGCUGCCCAGAGCAGCCUGCAGCACUGUUUGGAUCAGAACCCGUCCCACGCUGACGCCCACCUCCUCAUGGCUCAGAUCCACCUUCUGCAGGGCAGCUCCAAACUCUCUACCCAGUCCCUGGAGCUCUGCCUCAGCUACAACUUCGAGAUCCGGGAGCACCCGCUGUAUCACCUGAUAAAGGCGCAGGCACAGAAGAAGAUGGGGGAGCUGCAGGAGGCGGUGCAGACGCUGCAGAUGGCCCUGAGUCUAUGCGGGGCGCGCAGGGCGGGGGGGUCCGCCAAGGCCAAGGGCAAGAGGCCCGAAAUGAGCUCCGCCGACUGCGUGUCCGUCUACCUGGAGCUGGCCGACGCCCACUGGCUCAAUGGAGAACAGCACGAGGCCGCCAAGGUGAUGCAGGACGCCAUAAACGAGUUCACGGGCACACCGGAGGAGCUGCGUGUCACCAUCGCCAACUCCGACCUGGCGCUUCGCCGUGGUGACACAGAGCUGGCACUGAGCAUGCUCAGAAACAUCACCCCCGAGCAGCCCUACUAUGUCCAAGCCAAGGAGAAGAUGGCCGACAUCUAUUUGAACCACAGGAAGGAGAAGCGCCUCUACGCCAGCUGCUACAGAGACCUGGUGGAGAAGCUGCCUAGUCCCCACACGUAUCUUCUGCUGGGAGAUGCCUACAUGAACAUCCAGGAGCCAGAGAAAGCCAUCGAGAUCUAUGAACAGGCCCUGAAGAAAAACCCCAAAGAUGGAGCCCUGGCCAGCAAGAUCGGCAAAGCUCUUGUCAAGACCCACAAUUACAUUAAGGCCAUAAACUACUAUGAAGCUGCGCUGAAGAGCAGCCAGCAGAGCUUCCUGCGCUACGACCUGGCGGAGCUGCUGCUGAAGCUCAGGCAGUACGAGCGCUGCGAGAGGGUGCUGCACGAGGCACUCCACCAGGACACCGUGAAUGAGCUUCCGUCACUGACAGAGAACUGCCGUUACUUAGUCCUGCUGGCCAAGAUUCAGAGCAAAGUGGACAAAAAUGACGAGGCUUUGCUGUCCUUGCAGAGGGCCCGGGACGUCCAGGCCCGGGUUCUGAAGCGGGUGCAGCUGGAGCAGCCAGACGCCGUCCCCAUGCAGAAGCAGUUGGCUGCGGAGAUCUGCAGCGAAAUCGCCAAGCACUACACCUUCCAGCGCGACUACGAGCGGGCCAUCAAAUUCUACAAAGAGGCACUGGUCUACUGCGAGAGCGACAGCAAGGUGAUGCUGGAGCUGGCGCGGCUGUACCUGACCCAGGACGACGUGGAGGCCUGCCAACAGCAGUGCAGCGUCCUGCUGAAGAGUGACCAGGUCAACGAGGCCGCCACCCUGAUGAUGGCAGAUCUGAUGUUCAGGAAGCAGGACUACGAGCAGGCUGUCUUCCACUUUCAGCUGCUGCUGGAGCGUAAGCCAGAUAACUACCCGACGCUGUCCCGCCUGAUCGACCUGCUGAGGAGGGCGGGGAAGCUGGAGGAGGUGCCCCGCUUCCUGGAGAUGGCAGAGAAGCACUCCUCCCGGGCCAAGUUUGACCCUGGAUUUAACUAUUGCAAAGGCCUUUACCUGUGGUACACAGGUGAGCCCAACGAUGGGCUGAGACACUUCAACAAAGCCAGGAAGGACAACGACUGGGGCCAGAACGCAGUGUACAACAUGAUCGAGAUCUGUCUGAAUCCGGACAACGACACCAUCGGAGGGGAGGUCUUUGAGAAUCUCGAUGGUGACAUCGGGAACUCCACAGAGAAGCAGGAGUCGGAGCAGCUGGCUGUGAGGACGGCAGAGAAGCUGUUGAAGGAGCUGAAGCCGCAGACUCCUGAAGGACAGGUGCAGCUUCGUAUCAUGGAGAACUACUGCCUGCUGGCCACCAAGCAGAAAGCCAAUGUGGAGAAGGCCCUGAACGUCUUCACCGAGAUCGUCAACAACGAGAAGGACCACGUUCCUGCGCUGCUGGGGAUGGCCACUGCCUACAUGAUCCUGAAGCAGACGCCUCGCGCCCGCAACCAGCUCAAACGCAUCUCCAAGAUGAACUGGAGUGACGUCGAUGCCGACGAGUUCGAGAAAAGCUGGCUGCUGCUGGCCGACAUCUACAUCCAGUCGGGGAAGUACGACAUGGCCGGAGAGCUGCUCAAACGAUGUCUGCGCCACAACAAGUCGUGCUGUAAGGCGUAUGAGUACAUGGGCUACAUCAUGGAGAAGGAGCAGUCGUACCGGGACGCGGCGCUGAACUACGAGAUGGCCUGGAAGUACGGCAACCAGACCAACCCGAUGAUCGGUUACAAACUGGCCUUCAAUUACCUGAAAGCAAAGAGGCAUGUUGAUGCGAUAGAUGUGUGCCAUAAGGUGUUGGAUGCCCACCCGAACUACCCGAAGAUGAGGAAGGACAUCCUGGACAAAGCACGAGCAGCCUUAAGAUCAUGAUGAAACGGGUUCGAGUCACGUGACCCAGCACACAUGGCUGUGUUAGAGUGCUGGUCUCCUCAGUUUUCCUCUGUACUGUAUAAACAGAUCAGUUUAUUUAAAGUGCUGUAUAUAGUAUUUAAAUGUCAACAUGAACACUGUUCGAGGUCGAGCAAAGACGGAACAGCCAUCUUGUGAAUGUGUGAUGUGACGUUUCAGCCUUGAUCCUGGAGGGCUGAUGCAUGAGCAGGUUGAUGUCCUGAUUUAAAUAAUUUUUGACUGGAUUGCACAAGCGUAGCUUUCUUUCCCAGGUCUGAUUACAUUAUUCAC